AUGGUCACCGGUAUUGAGGCCGCGGGACUUGCGCUGGCUCUGCUCCCGCUCCUUCUGAAUCAACUGGAUGGUUAUGUGAGAGGGAUAGAGAAGGUUAAGGUCUUCCGACGCUACCGCCGGGAAUUUCAGAAGUAUUCAGUAGGAAUACGAACACAACAUACGAUUCUCUUGAAUACGCUUGAGCAAGCUCUUGAUGGUGUGAUAAAUGACGAAGAAAGAGUCUCCGAGUUGAUCAGCAAUCCAAAUGGUCCAGGAUGGGCAGACCCGGACUUGCAAAAGCGACUACGUCGGAAGUUGGGUCGAAACUAUGAUGUCUUCCUUGGAAAUACAACUGCACUCUCCGAGUUACUCGAAAGAUUAUCGCGGAAGAUCGAGAAGAGUGUUGUGGAUGAAAAGGGCUUCGUUACCGAAGUACCGUGGGAUAUUUGGAAGCUACGGAAAAUCAUCAAUAGUGCAGUGUAUGAUGAUCUCCUAGAAAAGAUUGAUGCAACCAAUACCACACUCAAGAUUCUGAUCGACCAGUCCGACCACCGCGAGGAGACGCGAAAGAGACGUCAGCCGUGGACAUAUCUUCUCAAACGAUAUCGCAAGGCGCGCGACUAUGCCGAAGGACUAUUCAAUACUAUAACCGGGGGAGGUUUCUGGCACUGCCAAUGCAAAGAUCAGCAUUGCCUUUAUUUCCAACUACAAACAAACCCUUUAGAAGAUGCAGAUGAAGAUUUCGAUAACGACUCAGACCCCCAAUAUCACUUCCGAAUAAUCUUCUCCAAUCAAGAUCAGGAGCAUCAUACAUGCUCCUGGAAAUGGACAGAAGUACUUUUUGAGCCUUGGCACUCAGAAGAGUCUGUUUCCCUGACUUCUCUUUCUCUUCAUGAAACCACGGAGGCAUACCAGAUCAAGAGGUCUAAGGUUCAGUUCAAUAUUCCGGUCGCAGUGGAGACUCGGAUCCCGAAUGCGAAGCGCGAGACAAAGUCUGCGCCGCUCAUAGAAGACUUUUGCUCUUCUCUACGUAUUGCAGAGGCACAUAUCGGGAAACAGAAGGCUAUCGGUUCCAUCGCCAAUGUUCUGAACUCCUCUAUCUCGUAUACGAUGCAUACUGUGGAGGCUCUUUCAAAGGAAGUGCCGCAAAGGACUUUGCAGGAUGAACUCUCACAAAUGAGUCGACGAGACCGCUUGCAUAUUGCUGCAGGCUUAUCAUGCGCUGUCAUUCAGUUCUGCGAUAAUUGGCUCAAGCCCUGGUGGGACAGCUCCGACGUUCACCUGAUAGCCAACCGCGAUAACAAAAGUGAUUUAUCGAGCCAUUUGUAUUUAUCACGACCUAUUUCUGCGGCGGGUAUGAGCAAGGACUAUGUGGAUAAAGGCGUUCAUCCAGAUUUCACCAAUAAUCGGUUGUUACCGCUUGGCCUUGCCUUGGUGGAGCUAUCUCUCGGAAAGUCCUUGCGAACACUAUUGUCGCCGGAGAACGACAAUGACGAUAUUCUAGUCACGAAGGUCAAAACUGCUUCAAAGCUUGUGAAUAUGGUUUACAUGGAAAGUGGUAUAAACUAUGCCGAGGCAGUCAAUAGCUGUCUGUCAUGGUCAGGUCUGUGCCUCGAGAGAAAGUUUGAGGAGCGGGUCUUCGAUACAAUCGUCUCUCCGUUGUUGAAGGAUUUAGUAAACUUUGAAGGAAUAUCAUAG